AUGAGCAGAUUUAAUCAAAUGUUGAACCAGAUUCCAAAUGACUAUUAUUCCAAUCGCAAUCAGCCUGGACCUCCAGGUCCAGCUGGUCCUCCAGGCAGUGCUGGAAUGAGAGGUGAACCUGGAUCUGCAGGAAGAUCUGGAUUCCCAGGAACACCUGGUGCUCAAGGACCACCUGGAGAAAGAGGAGAAAAAGGGGAAAGAGGUAAUUCUGGAAUUGGGUCCCAAGGGCCCAGAGGCCUCCCUGGACCACCAGGACCACCAGGUGAAUCAAGAACUGGACCACCAGGCUCUACAGGUUCCACAGGGCCUCCAGGACCUUCAGGCCGGCCGGGUAACCAAGGAAUUAGAGGUCCUGUUGGUCCACCUGGGUAUUGUGAUGCUUCACUAUGUGCAAGUAUUCCUUACAAUGGCCAAGGAUAUCCAGAACCUUAUCAACCUGAAAGUGGACCAAUUGAGCCUGACAGUCAACCCUACGUAGUUCAAAUAUCACCAGAAAGACCAGAUGAUGAGGACUAUGGACAUGACAUGCAGCCAGACUAUGCUGAACAUAUGCGAUGGAGAAGAUCCCUAAGAAAGAAUGUAGUGAAAUCAUAA